AUGUACAGUGGUUCUAUACUCAGCAUUUUUCUUCAAAACAUCCAGUUUUUAGGAAGCCCCACUGCAGUCGGCAGUUAUGGAAUCUGUGAAAAAAGGGCAGGAGAAACAGAGGAAACGGUGACACUGAACAUCUGCCCGAAGUGUCUGAAUGAUCGAACAAACGGUCAAGUAAAUAUCACCGGGAUGAUGGUGUGUAAGAAAGGAGGAGCAAGCUGUGGACAAAGCGGAAAACGUCGCGCAACAACCUCUGCUGCGGACUAUAACAAAAUUGCUAACUGGAAUGUGGCCAGUGGCUAUAGUUUCAACGUGGAGUACAGGGCAACAAAGCCAGAUUGGCUUGCUAGAAAUAUUGAUAAACUCACUUUGACCUUUACGCUAGGUGAGGAAGAUUGCACUGAAAACCUGCCAGGCGUUUUCUGUAACGGGAAACUCCCUGCAGGAGAAACAUUUAUUGUUUACGCUUUCACGUGCACAAAUCAUGGGUGCACCACAAGUCAACAAAUUGAAGUUACAGCAAAAGCUUCGUUCCCAAUUGCUGCUGUGGUCGGAGGACUAGUUGCUGCAGUUGUUGUCAUCGUUGUUGUGAUCGUCGUCGUGGUCAUCUGUAGACGAAGAAAAGCACACAAGGAGAGGCCUAAGAAGAGCAGAGAUGAAGUCAUCGCAAAUGAUCAGGUCCGCCCAGAGCAAGAUGACGUAUACGACAAGAUUCCCGAUGGUCAGAUGGUGACUGUCGACAACAGCCACAGUAAUGAGGGUUAUGUAAAUUAUGUGUCAGGGCAAUCCUCUCGGGACACAGACAAUACCUAUGACGCACUUACCACUUACCAGAAUGCAGAUGGUCAUGAUUAUGGGAGGAUAAAUCUUGAAACUAGUUUUAGAUAAAUAUACAAGUAGCAAUAGCAAAAUCAAUACCAUAGGUUCUUCAAUGAAAUCAUGUAUAGUACAUGCAGCCAACCUUUUCAAAUGCUAGUGCUGUUUAGUUUGUGAAUGGUGAGUACUCAGGAUAUUAAUCAAUGUUCAUGUACGUGACAGGUGAAAUGUUUUAAAUAAAAGUAGCGAUAGUAAAUUGAAUACCAUAUAUUCUGAAAUGCAAAACUGUACAGUACACAAUAUAGCCAACAAAAUCAAA